CCUCUAGAAGAGGGCUUCGCUCCUCAACCAAUUAUUACCAACCAGACUCGCUUUCAGUUGAGGCUAGCAGCAGAUCGUCCUAGUGACCGUCUGCCGGUCUUCUUUUUUCCCACCGCUACUGGCACCGAUGAGAGAAAACUGCCUUCUUCUUCGUCUUCUGGCGAGGACCGACGGUUACAUUCGUUGUCCACCCCCUUCUCGCCGACACCUCCUACUUCUAUAUCGAUGGAUGUACAGCUGACGAACUUCGAGGUUUCGGCUUCAGAGAAAUCUACGGGCGACCGUUUAAAUAAUUCACAAGUCUCUUGGAUUUACUCUUCUGAUCUGGCUGCCAGCCUGAUGUUAAGUAAUACUCGUGUAGAGGACUCUGGAAUUUACAAGUGCUUAGCAACCAAUUCUUUUGGGCAGGAGACGUACGAGAUACGCUUGGAUGUGCUAUGUAAGCCUGCUUUUGUCUACGUCAACUUGUGUAUAUCCUUCUCUCCUUGCUAA